AUGCCCCCAGUGCCCCCCAAAGAACCCCACUGCCCCAAGAAACCCCAAAGAACCCCACUGACUCCCAGCAGGUGCUGGCGGUGGACGCGCGGUGAGGCCGGGCCUGUGUGUGGGGGGGGCUCUGUGUGUGGUACCCAACCGCGGCCUGACCGUGUUCUCCAUCCCCGCAGGUACGCGGCCUACCGCAGCCCCGCAGUGCCCGCAGUUCCCCGCACUCAGUACGUGCGGCGCCGCAGCCAGAUGCUGCUGAGCGAGCGCGCCCAGGGCGGGGCGAUGGACGGAGGGACGCGGAGAUGGUACCUGGAGGGUCGGGCCAUCCUACAGCAGCGCUACGGGGCGCUGUCAGACGGCGGCAGCUGCAGGGUACGGGGGAAUGGGGUAAUGGGGGGUAAUAGGGCCAGCAGGACAACGCUGGACAGGAUGGAGGACUUUGAGGAGGAUCCACGUGCCCCCCGUGGCCACAGGAGGUCCCUGAGCCGUGGUUCCCACCCUGGAGCCCCCCGUGGGAGCACAGACGAGCGCCCCCCCGGCGUCGUGCCCACACCGCUGGCAGAGGCGAGUCGGGCCAUGGCAGGAGACACAACAUUGAGUGAGAACUACGCCUUCGCCGGCGUCUACCACGUCUUCGACCAGCACACGGACAGUGCCGUGCCCAAGGUGCAGUUUGCCCACGAUGACCGGCACCUGCUGGCCUGCUGCUCGCUGGACGGCACCAUCUCCGUGUGUCGGCUGGCACCGGGGCCGCCGUCAGUGCUGCGGGUGCUGCGGGGCCACGAUGGCGGCGUGGCUGACUUUGCGUGGUCACUGUCCAACGACGUCUUGGUGUCGGCCUCCCUGGACGGGACACUGCGCCUCUGGGCGCCCAACGACGGCCGCUGCAUCCGCCGUGUGCCCGACCCCGAUGGGGCUGCACUGCUCUGCUGCGCCUUCCAGCCCCUCAACAACAACCUCACCGUGGUGGGCAGUGCCCGGCACAUGGUUCGGGUGGUCAAUAUCUCCACGGGGAAGGCAGCCCGUGGCGGCGCAGGGCGGCUGCCGGGCCGGGUGCUGGCGCUGUGCUUCGAUGCCCCUGGCCGGGUGCUAUGGGCCGGUGACGAUCGUGGCUCCAUCUCCUCCUUCCUGUGUGACCCCGGCACCGGGCGCCUGACCAAAGCCUCCCGCGUGGUGGUGCAGGCGGGUGGAUCCAUCACGUCGCUGUCAGCUCGAGCCUGGGCCAGCCGUGAGGCUCCCGACCCGUCCCUGCUGGUCAACGCCUGCCCCGACCGCCUGCUGCUCUUCCGCGUGGUGGAGGAGGAAGGCUCGGGAGCACCGGGGCUGCGAUUACGCCGCAGUUUCCCCACACGGCACCGGGAGCAACCGCUGCGCAGCUGCUUCUGCCCAUUGAUGUCCUUCCGCCAGGGCGCCUGCGUGGUGACGGGCAGCGAGGACGCCUGUGUGCACUUCUUUGAUGUGGGCCGUUCCGCCCGCGCCACGGUCAACACGCUGCAGGGCCACGGACACGCCGUGCUGGCCGUCGCCUUCAACUGCGACGAGAGCCUGCUGGCCUCCAGCGACGCCGCUGGGACCGUCAUCGUUUGGCGCCGGCAGCACGCGUGACGGGACCCCCCCCCACCUCUGUUCCCCCUCCCACGGUACGGCACAGACCCCCUGCUGUGUUCAACACGUGUGUUUGCAACC